UAUAAGAGGUAUUUACUUUUUUUCCACAUUUGAUGUAAGAAAGUUUCAAACUUUUGAUACAAUUGGUAAUUCUGUAUGAUUUAGUUUUGCUACUGCAACAUUGUGAAAACAGCAAAACUUGGUACUGUAUAGAGAGUCUCGACAGUUUCCGACAAGUUUUUCUAACUACCGUGUGUUUAUAUAUAAACAGGAUUUUCCCAUUGCAAAUGCUCUGUCUAAAGGAACAGGGAGUUUGCUUAAAAGAAAACCUUUUUGACCCCGAACGUGAUUCAUUGCUCACCGAUACAAAACUGAUCAUCAUCAAACUCGAAUUCAAAUGGUUUAUUCAGUCUUUUCAAAACUAAGUGUGACAGUUGCAAGAGUAAUCUCGAGCUGCUGCUGCCGCCGCUGCAUUGUUUAACGUGUGCAGGGCAGUGCUGUGUUAAUAACCAUUGUAUUAAAAUUCAUUCCUCUGUACAUAACUUCUGUUAGAGACGCUAUUUUUAUUUAGUUUAUUAAUAUUGGUUUGUCAGUUGGUUUAUUAAUGUUGGUUUGUCAGUUAGUUAACUAUUCUAGUUUAUUAACAUACGCUUGGCUAUUGCUUUUCUCUUGCUUAUUCUGUUCACUUCAUAUGUUGAUGCACGUGCUUCAUGACAUGAGUAAUAAAUGCAUUUGUAUUUGUUGAUCAUGUCGUGAUUGGCUUUGGCAUGUUGUGUGUGGUGGUUCUUAGAGAACAUAAUGUAUACACAAGGGUGCUGAAUUUUUUUUAAAGAAACUUUUUGACCAAGGGACGAAAGGCUAGACAAAUCUACUUGUCCUUCUUAAACUACUUGCCCCCCUCCCCGUCACACAAAACGCACACAAACAAAUAGAAUAUAACUUGUAGGAUUUAGCUUUUAUUUAACAGUGAACACAAUCAACCAAUCAGUGAUUAAAAGUCUUUAGAGUCCCUGCUGUUUUUUUUACUGUUGGAUUUGUGACUACACCUCUUUAACUAUAAAGGUUACAGGUGCAUGUCAUACAUGAAAUGAAUGUGCACACACCAGGCUUUCAUAAACACAGUGAAUAGUGUGAGACUCACCUGUUCAAUACAGAGGACAGUAAACGCAGAAAAUGAGACGCUUUCUAGAAAAAACAAAACAUUAUUGUUUAUACGAUUUCUUAUAGCAUGGCCAGCUCGUAUCUGACAAGGCACAAUGAAACGUCAACAUUUAGGGAACAGGGACAAUGUUUUUAACACAGUGGAUAAUAAAUAAAGGAAUUAUGGCCAUACAUACAAAAGGGACCAAAAACAGCCAAAAAAUGGAUUAAUUGAAAAUGUGCAAAAGAAAAAAAAGACAUAAAAAGCUGCAUUCAAGUUAUUCAUCCCAGGGACUAUGUGGCACAAGAUGGCGCUAUUCACUGUGGCAUGUCCCUAAACAGCUCUGCUUUUGAGCAUCUGAUCCGCAAACACAAAAACAAGAGCCUGAGUAAAAAGAGUUAAAGGGCCAGGGUCUCCGGCAGGAUGUUUAACGUUGGACGGACCGACCCUAUAGAGUUAAUAGCCGUUUUUGUUUCAUGAAAUGAAAGAUAAAAAGUAAAAGUAAUUCCAUCUAAACACACUUGGCAAAAUGUAGCCCUUCUAAUGUAUGUUCAUGGCAAAACCAAAAUAAUAAAGAUUGAAACUACAUCAGCCCUCAUGCACCAAGAGAGUCCCAAAGAAAGAUGUCUCUUCUGGCCCCACACAUGCUUGGGACCACCAGAAGUAAGCCAACAUUCAGUAGCUCUGCUUUGGUCGUGCUCCUCAAAUUCAGAGCCUCAAUAUUCAGUAGCUCUGCUGGGGUCCUGCUCCUCAAAUUCAGAGUCAAUAUUCAAUAGGUCUGCUUGCUCCUCAAAUUCAGAGCCUCAAUAUUCAAUAGCUCUGCUGGGGUCCUGCUCCUCAAAUUCAGAGCCUCAAUAUUCAGUAGCUCUGCUGGGGUCCUGCUCCUCAAAUUCAGAGCCUCAAUAUUCAAUAGCUCUGCUGGGGUCCUGCUCCUCAAAUUCAGAGCCUCAAUAUUCAGUAGCACUGCUGGGGUCCUGCUCCUCAAAUUCAGAGCCUCAAUAUUCAGUAGCUCUGCCUGGGUCCUACUCCUCAAAUUCAGAGCCUCAAUAUUCAGUAGCACUGCCGGGGUCGUACUCCUCAAAUUCAGAGCCUCAAUAUUCAGUAGCUCUGCUGGGGUCGUACUCCUCAAAUUCAGAGCCUCAAUAUUCAGUAGCACUGCUGGGGUCCUACUCCUCAAAUUCAGAGCCUCAAUAUUCAGUAGCACUGCCGGGGUCGUACUCCUCAAAUUCAGAGCCUCAAUAUUCAGUAGCUCUGCUGGGGUCGUACUCCUCAAAUUCAGAGCCUCAAUAUUCAGUAGCACUGCUGGGGUCGUACUCCUCAAAUUCAGAGCCUCAAUAUUCAGUAGCUCUGCUGGGGUCGUACUCCUCAAAUUCAGAGCCUCAAUAUUCAGUAGCACUGCUGGGGUCCUACUCCUCAAAUUCAGGCCUCUCACUCUCAAGAGCAUCAAAUCUUGUAAAACGACGACACCGUUGUUUGCAUCUGUAAAUUUAAAUCUAUAGUGUUUAUCAUAAUAUCUGCGGGAAAUGUGUUAUUUUUCAGAAUUGCACAAAUGUGCUCCAAUUACUUAGACGCAGAGUGUUUUAAAAUGUUAGUAAAAUGACAAUACGUAAACAUGCAGCUUAUUUCAGUGUGAAAUCGAUAAAUCGGAAGUGAACAUUAAUAAUAAUAAUAUUAUAGUGGCGCAUUAGCUUUAUGUUAAACCUCUAACUGCACUGUAAUAACUUUGGCGGGGUUUGUUGGAAUUGCCCACAAUGGUGAAUGUUCCACUGAAGUCACCGCGUACGGUUAACGAGGUCUGGAUGCCUGUUUUUUCGUAAAGAUUCCCUUUUCCCCCUUUACCUAACAUGUGUUUUUGCUCUCAUGUACAGGCUACACCGAAUUGAAUUUAUGCUCCAAACUGAGUGAGAUACACGCGGUCUGUGCUGAGGAUGGGCCUUUUGAGGGUUUGGUGAAAAUAUAUGAAACAUUUCCUGAGUUAUAGUAAUAAAAAUGAUAACAGUCCAGCAUUUCUUAUCUAAAAUUGUCAUAGAUUAAAAAAACAAUGUAUAUACAAUCAACCUUGUUUUACUAUUUUGCUAGAAUUACUGAGUUUGCACUCUUUGUAUUAACAUGUCUAAUAAAAUGUGGUCAAAUGCAGCAGUCAUGUAUGGAACACCAACACUACAAGUGCUGUAGUUUAUAAUAAAAAUAAAAACCGUCUUCUCAAAAAGCAAAGCAAUUCAUUGCAAAAAACGAUGUUAGUGCAGCAGUUAGGGUUGAACUGAUCGCCACAAAAGCAAAAGAAUGUGGCAUUAGUGUUUUUAACCCUAACUCUCCAUUCCCACCCUACACAAGCAGUCAAAGGAACCAGACAACAUAAGCAACUUCGGACUGCCAUCAUCAGAAUUGCAUCUCUAAACAAAGGAACGAGGCAAAAGCACAUUUGAAGUUAUUUUGAGGAACUGGACAAGAGAACUGUGGACUGCCUUGUCUUGGUGAAAGCAAAGUUAGAAAUAUGGAGUCUGUUUACAUUAAACAGGAGGAGGUUGUGGAAUUGGUACCUAUUUGCAUUAAACAGGAGAUGCCUGAACUGGAGCCUGUCUGCAUUAAAGAAGAGACUGAACUGGAGCCUGUCCACAUUAAAUAUGAGACUGAACUG